GCUGCCAACGCACGCCUGUAGGUGAGGGGACAGGUUGCUGCAUCCACUGAAGGAUCAAACCAACCCUUUCUAAAAACUCCCCUCACACAAAGGAUUUACUCUUUGUAAUGUUUGUUGGUUUUGUUUUUCCGCGCAAAGAUCGUUGAGUGGAGCUGCGUGGCAGGAGGAAAAGAGAACUAACGUGCGCGUUGCUCACCAAAGUGACUUGCAGGAUGAGAGCAGAAUUGGCUCUCUUUCUUCCACAUUGGAGUGUGUGACUUGCGUGGGCAUAUCACGGCAAAGAGGAUAUAUUGUCAAAAACGGGAAAAAGAAGGCGUCUGCAGAGAGAGAAAACGUGAGUGACAAGAGACGAUGUGGACUGCUUGUACUUUCUGCUGGCGCUUUUUACGCGCAUGAAAAUUACAUUGUGGCGCACGUUGAGAGAUUUUUUUUUUACAAGUAGCACUGAGGCGUCAUUUAAAUUCAUAAGAGGAGAGAGAGGGGGGUGGGAAACUUGCUGCCAUCCACUGCAGCAAGAGCGAUGUAGAAGUCUCACACUUGACGCUCCUCUCCUCCUGAAAGCAGCAUUUUAUCCCAGCAUUCACACCACCAGUGAGUGAUUUAUUUUUUUUUUUUAAAUCAGUAUUGUAUUUUUGUGGACACUUUCAGAAGGGAACAAUGAGGACUACUGGUGCAGUGGACUAUUUGUACUAUUGCAUGCUCAUUCUACAGUUCGUGCAUCAGCCCGCUGCCAAGCAAGUGCUCCGGUACCGUUUAGCAGAGGAGGGACCCCCGGACGUGAGGGUGGGCAACGUGGCCGCAGACCUGGGCAUAGUUGCCGGGUCCGGUGAGGUGACUUUCACGCUUGAAUCAGGCUCUGAUUUUUUCAAAAUAGACAACAUCACAGGUGAGCUCACCACCAACGAGAGACGGAUAGAUCGUGAAAAACUCCAACAGUGCCAAAUGAUAUUUGAUGAGAAUGAGUGCUUUAUAGAUUUUGAGGUAUCGGUGAUCGGUCCGGCCCAGAGCUGGGUUGAUCUCUUUGAGGGAAAAGUCAUCAUUCUAGAUAUUAAUGAUAACACUCCAUCUUUCCCUUCACCUGUCCUGACUCUGUCUGUGGAGGAAAACAGACCCAUUGGAACCCUUUAUUUGCUGCCCACAGCCACAGACAGAGAUUUUGGCAGGAAUGGAAUAGAGAGGUAUGAGCUCAUUCAGGACAACGGGGAGAACUCAAGGCGCUCCUCCGGGGAUUCUUACUCUGGGAAGAGGAGAUUUGAGGAGGGCGCAAGUAGGAGUAGUGUCUUUGAGCUGCAAGUUGCAGACACCACUGAUGGCGAGAAGCAGCCCCAGCUCAUCAUCAAGGGGGCGCUUGAUCGGGAACAGAGAGACUCCUAUGAGCUCACAUUGCGUGUGAGGGAUGGAGGUGAUCCUCCCCGGUCCUCGCAGGCCAUCCUGCGGGUGAUGAUCACUGAUGUGAAUGACAACAGCCCCCGGUUUGAGAAGAGCGUGUAUGAGGCUGACCUACUGGAGAACAGCUCCCCCGGCACCCCCAUCUUGCAGCUCAAGGCAGCCGACGCAGACGUGGGGGUGAAUGGUCAAAUAGAGUACGUGUUCGGGGCAGCCACAGAGUCCGUGAGGAGGCUGCUGAGGUUGGAUGAGAGCACGGGGUGGCUCAGUGUAUUGCACCGCAUCGACCGUGAAGAAGUGAGCCAACUGAGGUUCACAGUAAUGGCCCGUGACCGAGGCCAACCUCCAAAAAUGGACAAGGCAACAGUGGUGCUCAACAUCAAGGACGAAAAUGACAAUGUCCCCGCCAUCGAGAUACGUAAAAUUGGACGUAUUUUCCUGAAAGAUGGUGUUGCCAAUGUGGCUGAGGAUGUAGUGGUGGACACGCCCAUCGCACUCGUUCAGGUAUCAGAUCGUGACCAAGGUGAGAACGGCAUUGUGACCUGCACAGUGGUGGGCGAUGUGCCCUUCCAACUUAAGCCAGCCAGCGAGAUGGAGGGCGAGCAGAACAAAAAGAAAUACUUCCUCCAUACAUCAGCGCCAUUGGACUAUGAGGCCAUGCAGGAAUACAACGUGGUCAUCGUGGCUGUGGACUCAGGAAGCCCUAGUCUGGCCAGUAAUAACUCUCUGAUGGUCAAAGUGGGCGACACAAAUGACAACGCUCCCAUCUUUAACCUCAAUGUAGUCGAGGUGUCAUUCCCAGAGAACAACGCUCCUGGCGAGAGGGUGACAACAGUGGCAGCCAUUGAUGCAGACAGUGCGAAGAACGCUGAACUAUCCUAUUCCCUCGACUCCUCUGUAAAUGGGAUUUUCUCUAUUGAUGCAGACAGUGGAGACAUCCGAGUAAACACCAUCUUGGAUCGAGAGCAAACUGAGCGCUACGAAUUUAAAGUGAUAGCCAAAGAUAAGGGCAUAAACACCCUACAGGGUUCCGCAACAGUGGUCGUCCUUGUGGCAGACAAAAAUGACAAUGAACCAAAGUUCAUGCAAGAUGUAUUUACCUUCUAUGUCAAAGAGAACCUCGAGCCAAACAGCCCAGUAGGCAUGGUUACAGUCAUUGAUGUAGAUAAAGGCCAAAAUGCACAAAUGAGUCUUUUUAUUGAGGAGGAGGAAGACAUCUUUUCCAUUGAAAAUGACACUGGGACUAUUUUCUCAACACUUUCCUUUGAUAGGGAGCAGAAAACCACAUACACAUUCCGUGUGAAAGCAGUGGAUGGAGGCGACCCGCCCAGGUCAGCCACUGCCACUGUGUCACUGUUUGUUAUGGAUGAUAAUGACAACGCACCGACUGUCACCUUCCCAAUAAACAGCUCCUACACUCUUCUCCCACCCUCCAGCAACAUCAGAACAGUAGUGAGGACAGUUAUAGCCACCGACACAGACACUGGCAUCAACGCAGACCUCAACUACAGCAUUAUUGGCGGGAACCCCUUCAAGCUGUUUGAGAUUGAUGGGGGCACUGGUGUCAUUUCACUGGUGGGGAAGCUGGAGCAGAAGCACUAUGGACUGCACCGGCUAGUGGUCCAGGUGAAUGACAGUGGGCAACCUUCCCAGAGCACCACAACGCUUGUUCAUGUCUAUGUUAAUGAGACUCUUUCCAAUUCCACUGUGGUGGAGGCGCAGGUGACAAAGAGCCUGAGCACGUCUCUCAAUACAAACAUCGCCGGUGACCCCAAUUACGACCUCAGCAAACAACGUCUGAGCAUUGUCAUUGGAGUCGUCUCAGGAAUUAUGACAGUCAUUCUCAUCAUUCUGGUGGUUGUCAUGGCCCGCUACUGCCGGCCCAAGAACAAGAAUGGCUAUGAGGCUGGCAAGAAGGACCACGAAGAUUUCUUCACGCCGCAGCAGCACGACAAGUCCAAGAAGCCCAAGAAGGACAAGAAGAAACCGAAAUCCAAACAGCCGCUCUACAGCAGCAUCGUCACAGUAGAGGCCUCUAAACCCAAUGGCCAGCGGUAUGAUGGCGUGAACGAGAAGCUGUCGGACAGCCCCGGCAUGGGCCGCUACCGCUCGGUCAAUGGAGGGCCUGGCAGCCCUGAUCUGGCCCGACACUACAAGUCCAGCUCGCCGCUCCCCACCGUCCAGCUUCACCCGCAGUCUCCAACGGCUGGCAAAAAGCACCAGGCGGUUCAGGACCUUCCCCCGGCCAAUACAUUUGUUGGCACCGGAGAUAACAUUUCGCUGGGAUCGGACCACUGCUCCGACUACAGCAGUCAGACCAUCAACAAGUACAACAAACAGCCGUUUCGCCGAGUGACCUUCUCGGUGGUGAGCCAGCCCCAGGACCCUCACCAGCAGGGAUCGCUGCAGAGCUGCUACGACAGCGGCCUGGACGAGUCUGAGACACCCAGCAGCAAGAGUUCAUCGGGGCCCCGGCUCGGCGCCCUGCCCCUGCCCGAGGACAGCUACGAGAGGACAACGCCGGAUGGCAGUGUCGGUGAGGCAGAGCACAUGGAAAAUGACUCACGGCCGUUGCCUGACGUAGCCAUGACUGGAAAGUGUACCCGGGAAUGCGACGAGUAUGGCCACUCAGACUCCUGCUGGAUGCCUGUACGUACGUCGCCAGAGCGGCGGCCAUCCAAGUCUACCACCACCCCACAACAACCAAAGCUUUCCACUUUCAUGAGCGGCAACAGCAGCGGCAGCAGCAGCACCGAGCAGCCCGGCAGCCAAGAGACCCUCGCCAUGGCCAACGGAGACCCCACCGCCGCCCACAUGAUGGGCGACCGCAAUCGCAACCUGCUCAGUAAGAAGAUGGCUUCUUCCUCCUCCUCCUACGAGGCCUUCGGUUCGCCCUCUUACGGCUCAGCUUCGUAUGGUUCGCCUGGAGGUGGAGAGGAAACGCUGGGCCACCCCACUGAGGAGAUCCCAAUGGCGGCCACUGGAGAGUACAAGCCCACAUCUUGUGGUACUCUGACACGACGGGAGGUGUACCUGUGAGUGUCUGAUAUGCCUUCAGCACCACAUGUGGAGAUACUGUAUAACAACGCUUACCCAAGUUAAUACAGCGCCAGCAGUUUAGCCAGCCUUGCACUGAAUGAGGUAGGACUAAAAUUACCCCAAAGACUUUUCGAAAAAUUUAAGUAAAACGUAGAGACAGUGCCCUUUUUAAAGCGCUAUUCCUCCAAAAGUGAGGAGUAAUACUGGGAUGUCAAACUGGCGAGUCGGGCUCUUGUGACACAGUCUGCUGCCUGAUAGUCAACCUGUACAAUAACCAUUUUACAAAAACACCACACGCAUGCAUCGACAGCCCCGCCCCAUUAAUGAUGACAAUGUACAAAAGACAUACUGUAUUUUAUAGAAAACAGUGUGUGUCUGGAUGUCACUGUUGUAUUCUUUUGGAACAAUGCAACAAUAUACUGUAUGGUCCCUAUCAUUAGGAACAUCCAUGGAUUUUGUGAUUAACAGUGAUUAAGACCAAAAGAAAGGACAUGUUGGCAAUGAGUAAGAUUUAAAAAAAAAAAAAAACAUUCUGCCCUCUUUCUUCUUCCACCAACUUCUUGAAGUGAAGACGCAAAUGACAGAUGUCGAUGCAACAACACACCGUAUGGACCAUGACGUGCACUCUGUAGGGAUGAAAAAUUGUACAUAAACACUGCGCUCUUAUUUUCUUUUCUCUCCUUGCAAUGUUUCUUGGUUAUGAUUGGUGAGGAUGAGCCCCCUUGUGAGGUGGAACAUCUGGGCUGCGGAAAGCCCGCAUUUUGAUCACUUAUGAUGGAACUGUUACCACAGAUAUGGUCGGGAUACGGCAUGCAGAGAUGAAAAUGAUGAAGGUCUCAUUGAAAUUGUGCGGUGUGUAUGGGCCAAAUAAGCAGAUAUCUCAUGUGUAUAGGCUAUACUGUAGGUAGUACUUGUAGAGGUGUAUAACAAAAUAGGUUCACAACGGUCUUUUAUACAGCUAUUACUUUAUGGUGGGAUAGACUGAGCAAUAAAUAUCAUAACGUAUACAUCAACCAUCAGUUUUUUUUUCUUUUCAUUUAGGUUUUCUCAAGCCUUUAAGGUAACCCAUAUGCAACGGUCCUAAUGAAGCACCAUAUAUUGCUUUCUCCAGUCCAUGGCAUCUUUGAGCACGAAUGUAAGAAUCAGCUCAACCAACGGUAAACAAUCAAAAAGCAGCAUAUUGAACAAGCAGAUAUGUGACUUUAUUUUUUUGGCAGGAUGAGUGUGUGAACCUAAAACAAAACAUUCCAUAUGAUGCUUUUGGAAGAGCUUUAUUUGUGGAAGGGGGUCAUUAAAUAAUAGGAAUGUGAUGUCUUGACACUAUGCCCCCUCCUUUUUAUCAGCUACACUGUAGUAAAAGAAAGUACUACAAGAUGCAAUGGAUUUUUUUUUUGUAUGUUGGUCAGUAAAACCCUUUUGGAUUGAAUGGAGUUGCAAAUCCUACAUUUUGGCUCUCUAUAGUCUAUAAGUACUACUUGUUGGAAAGACAGUACUCCUAUACUUAUCAAUUGUAUACAUGAAUAUUUACUUUUUACUGCACGUUUUAUGGAACUUACUUCACUUAAUGAGAAGGAAGAGGAAAAAAAUCUAUAAAACAACAUGUACAAAAAAAUAUCCCUGUAACAUUGGAAUUCACCUUGAUGCUUGCUUACUUUAUUACUAAUGAGAUUUUAGCCAUGUAGGACAGCUUAGUACAUUGGUUCUUUUGGGGGGGGAGUUUGAUAUUAUCUUCCAUUUUACCACACAAAACACACAUUUUUCCUAUGUUUUAACAUUGUUUGCCAUAGCAAAUGUUACAUUUUAUUUUCAUCACUUUGUUAUACGACAGCCGAAAUUGUAGAGAUUGAUCAUGAAAUUGUACUUUGUAUUUGAUUUUUUUUUUUCUGGUGCGACUUGUAUAUUCUUUAGUGCUUCUGAACAAAGACAAAAAAAGAACAAGCAAACAAAAACAGAGAAAAUGUAGUGUGAAUGCAAAAUUGCACUUGUGCCUUUUAUACCAAUUGGUAUGUUUAAAGUUGGCUUGGAAAAGACUGGGACAAAGACUACCAUGCAUAAGAUGGAGUCCUGUGUGGUGACUUUUGAGGUCAAAUGUGAGUGAGCCAAGCAGCACUUGUUGAACUCUCCAUUCCUAGUGUAGUGCAUUACUGUAAUGGAUGACUGUGGUUACAUUCAAAAGUUGCUUGUUGGUAGUGAUCAUAACGAUAUAAUGGAUUAUUUGUCGUGCUCCACUGAUGUACAUGCGCUUCCUCUGCAAUUUAUCAGGCACAAUAAAUCUUAAAAUACAGCAACUUUGCAAUGAAUUCGGACAUCUCAUUUAUAUAUUUAUACAAAACAUUUGGAAUAAAAUUCAACCAAGAGAUCAAAAUGGCACAUUCAAAGACUUUAAUGAAUUGCAGAGCUGUUGUAUUUAUUUUUGCUGUGUUACAGUUAAGAUAAAUUGUCAAGUGAGUGUGUAAGAAAUCAGAGGUCAAGUUCUUUGUGCAUGAAACCAGCUCUAGGACUGAAUAUAGAGGCAUAGAGAGAUAACAGACAGACAAAAAAAAAAAAGAAAAAAAAUGCUUGGAGUCAUUUGACUGCUCAUAGUUGAUGGGGGCCUGUAGAUAAAAAUGGUAAUGUGAUGGUUUUAUUCCACUGAGUGGAGGGAGCGCGGCUGACAGAGCGCACACCUCAGGGUGUGGCGAGCAUUGCACGCCGUUUUACGAUGGGUGAUGAAAUGCUAUCCUCCGCCGAUGUUGACGGGGAUGUUGCAAGGGGAAAAAAAAGGCUCUCAGACUCUGUAAUUAUUACUUUAUUCACUGACUCAAAACACAUAACCUGCCGUGAACAGUCCCACUGUUGCCUGAGGUGUGUGCUCAGCCCGAGCUCUCGACUCACGUGCAAGCGGAUUUGUAAUAUUAACCAUUACCACGUGGCUGUUGAUAUAGAAAUCAAGGAACCGACCUAUCAUCGUUUAAUAUGAGUCACUAUGCACGCAGCUUAGCUGAACAUGGCAACGUGUAUUGAACGCAAGUCCACUUCUAUUUAUGAGAUAUUUUAUGUAAGUUAAUUUGCUUUUGUACAGGUUUGUGUAAAUAAAUUGCUUGUCAUUUUUGUCUCUGCAAAAAUUAAAACUAUAACAUGGUACAUCUUAACUGUCUAUUUUGCUUUGCUUGUAUUAAUGAUGCUUGAAUUGCAGCUUGUUUACUGAUGUGUUUGUGGAUGUCAACUGGAGGAAGCUUUCCACAAUCAUAAUCAUUAAAUGGUCAUUUUUAAUCCUGUGCCUUCAUAAGACACCACUUCUAGGAAAUGAAAGGUUGUUGAUAUGAGAAAUGUCGCUCGUUUUCUUGUCUUCUGUGAAGCGUUAUGGAUUGCCCAGCAUGGAGUAAUCAGCUAAGUCAAAUUUGAAUUAAUUAGAAUGUUAUUAACAUUCAGGCAAUGAAUACAAAUGCUUUUUAUGAAUAAAACAGUGAGUGAAUGUGAUAAAUAUGAUUAAAGUGCAAAAAUAGCUAGCGGGAAGCAUCAGUGAAACAACAUUUAGAUCAUAAACUGCAAAGGCAUUCAUUGGCGUGCCAAAUUGUUGAUAAGUUCAAAGUGUCUAUGUACCUUUUCUACCCACUGUACCUUUUUGGAUAGGACUAUUUCCUGUACUGUUAUUACCAUUCAUAGCUGUGUGCUGCUAAUUACACAGUACAAAGUACACUUGUUAAAUACAAUGCUCAAGGUCAGUGUUACUCAUCGCCCAUUUCCAGCCAGCAGCUCACUGUUUUUCUUUCAAAACAAAAUCUGUGGAAUCUUGGUUAGCAUCCAUACCAGUCAGUGUGUUUUUUGGUUAAUUUCGAAAUUUUUCGCCAUAAUUUUGCCUCAGCAUGUGUGCCUUCUCCAGUUACUGUACAAUUGUUGUGUUAACACACAACAUGAGUCAAUUUGUAUUCUCACCUUCGUUAUCAAAAUGCAGGCAUUUGCAAAUUCCCUUGGCUGCAUUUUGGGUUGCUGUGAGAAACACUGUUGAAUUCAUGAACCCAUUCAUGUCAAAACAGGAAGGUGGUAGUGGUUGAUCUUGCUGCCCCAUCAUGUCUUUAGGGACAGGACGUCAAGAAUCGUGACUUCAAUGAAGGUAAACGUAAGAAUAAAUUUAAAUGUUCAUUUUGUGUUAACAUUUUUGGCUUUCUAGAAUGCAUCAAUGGCAUUUACAUCAUUGAUUUGGUUUGCAUGCAUUUCUUUAGAGUCAUACCUGCAACAAAUUCAUGACACGAAACAAGGUUCCAAUGCAACCGGAAGAUACAUUUUUCGAUAAUACCGUAUCCUUAUUUGCUUUUUUAAUCACAACACAGAACUGGAAUGUCAAUAUUUUGUUCAAAUAGUUUAGCAAACAUUGACCUUCUUUAGAUUUGUUUUAGCAUAGCAAAGAAUAUGAAAGUGCUUCCUUUUUUAUGGAUGUUGCCCUCUGUGGAAAAAGACACCCCUGACAUAAACCGAAGGUCACACUGCCACCAUGUCAUGUUCAACCACCCCUUCAGGUAAGAUAGUGUGAGCCCAGGUUGGAAAAAAAACCUCUGUUGAAAAAUCAGCUUAUUCCUGCAGCUCAAAUAAAGGUAAUGAAUGAAAUCAUUCACUCAUUUCCAUCAAAUCAAACUUGACCCAUCAUAUCUUGUAAUAGAAUUCUGCUGCCAUUUGUGCUCACUGGUGCAAUUCAACGAUCACAGUUCCUCUUAAAAUUAGAAAGCCCGCAUAUUGGGAAUUUAUGACUCUUUUAUUCAAUAUUAUUUUUCUUGUGGAGCCACAGCAAACUGCACGAGAUUAAUAGCAGUUAAGGUCUCAAAGUAAUUCCGUCUACAUUUCAAGAGGGUUGGUAUUUUGAGAUCUUGGUUUAAAGGUAACCUGUAAUGGGUGAUCACAUACCUCAAAAUACUAUUACACCUAUUUUAUUCUGAGCAAUGCUGGAUGUACCUAAGGCACUGCAAACUCUGACCAAACAUGAUUUCUGAUAUUCAUACAUUCCCAGCACACA